AUGGUAGAGGCUCCAAAUCAAGCACAGCAUUUGGGUGGGAAUCUUGUGGACGAUGAAGGGCGACCUUUAGUAGUAAGAAUAUGGCUUAAAAUAUUGGAAAUUGAACCUGUGCUGGAAAACGUUGCUUUUCGAGCGGAAAACAUGGAAAAUGAAUCGAGGGACGGAAUCGACUUGCAAUUGGUACGGAAUACCGGCAUGACAGCAUGA